GCCUUCUUAACUCGUUAGUGUCGAGCCGUGGGCGCUCCGAGCUGAACGGCACGGCGCAACAGAUGGACGACAAGCCGCUCGACGCGAGCAACGAGAAGCUCCAGCACCAGCUUUACGGGCACGGGGUGUGCAAGUGGCCCGGCUGCGAGGCCGUGUGCGACGAGUACCAGGCGUUCCUCAAACACCUGAACACGGAACACACGCUCGACGACAGAUCAACGGCGCAGGCGCGCGUCCAGAUGCAGGUGGUCUCCCAACUGGAGAUCCAGUUGCAGAAGGAGCGCGACAGGCUCGCGGCGAUGAUGCACCACCUGCACAUGGCCAAGCAGAUGGCCUCACCUGAGCUCCCCAAAUCCUCCGAGUCAUCGAACACGCCGAGUAUGCCGAAGAUGAGCUUGUCCGCGGGUUUGAUGGGCCAGCCGCCGCCAAACUUUGGGGGUAUGUCGCAAGUCUCGCCAGUCUCGAUAUCGAGCCUCGUUUCGUCGGUGAGGUCGCCGGCGGGUGGCCAAUUGCCCCCAGCCUCGGGUCCGGGUAUGCCACCCGGGCUGACGGGCAUCGCAAGUAUGCCAGGCAUGCCCCCCAUGCCCAACAUGCCCGGUGGUCUGCCCAGCAUGCCGAGCAUGCCCAACUUGGCUGGGCCCAUUCGCAGGAGGAUCAGCGACAAGUCGAGCUUGUCGCUCGCAGGAG